UGAUGUAUUUGGCGAAUCAAAUACCAUGGUAUAAUCAAAGAACCAUUAUGAUUAGUUGAUAAUAUUCGUUGAUGAUUUUGUGAAAGCUUUCAUUAACUCCGAAUUUAUGGCGAGUAGACCUUGUUGUUGUGAGAAUUCUUAAUUCAUGAGUUGUAGGGAGGGACUUAUGUCACCACAAACAGAGACUAAAGCAAGUGUUGGAUUCAAAGCUGGUGUUAAAGAUUAUAAACUGACUUAUUAUACUCCUGACUAUGAAACCAAAGAUACUGAUAUCUUGGCGGCAUUCCGAGUAACUCCUCAACCUGGAGUUCCUCCUGAGGAAGCAGGGGCUGCGGUAGCUGCUGAAUCUUCUACUGGUACAUGGACAACUGUGUGGACCGAUGGGCUUACCAGCCUUGAUCGUUAUAAAGGAAGAUGCUACAACAUCGAGCCUGUUGCUGGAGAAGAAAAUCAAUAUAUAUGUUAUGUAGCUUACCCUUUAGACCUUUUUGAAGAAGGUUCUGUUACUAAUAUGUUUACUUCCAUUGUGGGUAAUGUAUUUGGGUUCAAAGCCCUGCGCGCUCUACGUCUGGAGGAUCUGCGAAUCCCUACUUCCUAUACGAAAACUUUCCAAGGCCCGCCUCAUGGCAUCCAAGUUGAGAGAGAUAAAUUGAACAAGUAUGGGCGUCCUCUAUUGGGAUGUACUAUUAAACCUAAAUUGGGGUUAUCCGCUAAGAACUACGGUAGAGCAGUUUAUGAAUGUCUUCGUGGUGGACUUGAUUUUACGAAAGAUGAUGAGAACGUGAACUCACAACCAUUUAUGCGUUGGAGAGACCGUUUCGUAUUUUGUGCCGAAGCACUUUUUAAAGCACAGGCUGAAACAGGUGAAAUCAAAGGGCAUUACUUGAAUGCUACUGCAGGUACAUGCGAAGAAAUGAUGAAAAGGGCUGUAUUUGCCAGAGAAUUGGGAGUUCCUAUCGUAAUGCAUGACUACUUAACAGGGGGAUUCACUGCAAAUACUAGCUUGGCUCAUUAUUGCCGAGAUAAUGGUCUACUUCUUCACAUCCAUCGUGCAAUGCAUGCAGUUAUUGAUAGACAGAAAAAUCAUGGUAUGCACUUUCGGGUACUAGCUAAAGCCUUACGUCUGUCUGGUGGAGAUCAUAUUCACGCUGGCACUGUAGUAGGUAAACUUGAAGGAGAAAGAGACAUUACUUUGGGCUUUGUUGAUUUACUACGUGAUGAUUUUGUUGAAAAAGAUCGAAGCCGCGGUAUUUAUUUCACUCAAGAUUGGGUCUCUCUACCAGGUGUUCUGCCCGUAGCUUCUGGGGGUAUUCACGUUUGGCAUAUGCCUGCUCUGACCGAGAUCUUUGGAGAUGAUUCUGUACUACAAUUCGGCGGAGGAACUUUAGGACACCCUUGGGGAAAUGCACCGGGUGCCGUAGCGAAUCGAGUAGCUCUGGAAGCAUGCGUACAAGCUCGUAAUGAGGGACGUGAUCUUGCUCGUGAGGGUAAUGAAAUUAUCCGUGAGGCUAGCAAAUGGAGUCCUGAACUAGCUGCUGCUUGUGAAGUAUGGAAGGAGAUCAAAUUUGAAUUCCAAGCAAUGGAUACUUUGUAAUCCACUAAUUACCGUUCGUUCCCUUAAUUGAAUUGCAAUUAAACUCGGCCCAAUCUUUUACUAAAAGGAUUGAGCCGAAUACAAAGAUUCUAUUUAGUCUAUCUAUCUCAUAUAUAGAUAUAUUUAGAUAGAUAUACAAGAUAAAAAAACAUAACUAAAUAAACAAUUGAAAUGCUUCUAUUGUUUGUUCUUGUUUGUUGUGUUGGAUCCACAAUUAAUCUUAUGGGUCUUUAGGAUUGGUGUAUUCUUUUAAUCCCUUAGUUUCGGAUCAUGAAUGGAGUCAAGUAUCACAACCUCUUCUACCCAUCCUGUAUAUUGUCCUUUUCGUUCCGUGUUGGAAUAGACGAGAUUUUACGAAAAAAGUUUUUGAUAAAAGAGAACAAAUAUUUCUUUUUUUUCGAUGCGAAUUUGACACAAGAUGAGGGAAAUCGCUAUUUCCAUUUCGAAUUCAAAAAAAUAUUUAGAAUAUUCUAUAAUAAAAAGGAGUUCCAUCAUAUAUAUAGUUAUAGCGAAGUAAUACUCCGGGUUCUCACAAAACAAAAGAAAAUCCUUUACUCAUUCCUUAUUUUAUUAGUUACUGAUCCAGUGAUUGGAUCUAUAUGCUUAUUCCGAUAUAAAAUGUGAAAUAUUCAAAUUAUUUUUCAUCGAAUGACUAUUCAUCUCAUCUAUUGUAUUUUCAUGUAAAUAGGGGCAAGAAAGUUCUAUGGAAAAAUGGUGGUUCAAUUCGAUGUUGUAUAAAGGAAAAUUAGAAUACAGGUGUGGGCUAAGUAAAUCAAUUGAUAGGUUUGGUGAUCCUAUUGAAAAAACCAGUGUAAGUGAAGAUCCGGUUAUAAACGAUACGGAUAAAAAGAUUCAUAGUUGGAGUGAAAGUUCUAGUUACAGUAAUGCUAAUCAUUUAGUGGGUGUCAGGGACGUUCGUAAUUUUAUCUCUGAUGACACCUUUUUGGUUAGAGAUAGUAAUAGGAAUAUAUAUUCCAUAUAUUUUGAUAUUACUAAUCAAAUUUUUGAGAUUGACAAUGAUCCUUCUUUACUGAGUGAACAAGAAAGUUCUUUUUUAGUUAUCGGACUUAUACUUAUCUGAAGAAUGGAUCUAAGAAUGACGAUCCACCCUGUGAUCGUUCCAUGUAUGAUACUAAAUACAGUUGGAAUAAUCACAUUACUAGUUGCAUUAACUCUUAUCUUGUUUCUCAAAUCUGUAUUGAGAGUUCCAUUUUAAGUAGUAGUGACAAUUCCAGUGACAGUUACAUUUCUAGUUACAUUUAUGGUGAAAGUAGAAAUAGUAAUGAAAGGGGGAGCUCCAGUAUAAGAACUAGCAGGAAUGGUAUUGAUUUCACUCGAAGAGAAAAUUCUACUGAUUUCGAUUUGACUCAAAAAUAUAGGCAUUUGUGGGUUCAAUGCGAAAAUUGUUAUGGAUUAAAUUAUAAGAAACUUUUGAAGUCCAAAAUGAAUAUUUGUGACCAAUGUGGAUAUCAUUUGAAAAUGAGUAGUUCAGAUCGAAUCGAACUUUCGAUUGAUCCAGGUACUUGGGAUCCUAUGGAUCAAGACAUGGUUUCUCUGGAUCCUAUUGAAUUUCAUUCGGAGGAGGAACCCUAUAAAGAUCGUAUUGAUUCUUAUCAAAGAAAGACAGGAUUAACCGAUGCUGUUCAAACAGGCACAGGUCGAAUAAACGGUAUUCCGAUAGCAAUUGGAGUUAUGGAUUUUCAGUUUAUGGGGGGUAGUAUGGGAUCAGUAGUAGGCGAGAAAAUCACCCGUUUGAUCGAGUACGCUACCAAUAAAUUUUUACCUCUGAUUCUAGUGUGUGCUUCCGGAGGAGCACGUAUGCAAGAAGGAAGCUUGAGCUUGAUGCAAAUGGCUAAAAUAUCUGCCGCUUUAUAUGAUUAUCAAUCCCAUAAAAAGUUGUUCUAUGUAUCAAUCCUUACAUCCCCUACUACUGGUGGGGUAACGGCUAGUUUUGGGAUGUUGGGGGAUAUCAUUAUUUCCGAACCUAAUGCUUACAUUGCAUUCGCAGGUAAAAGAGUAAUUGAA